CCCUGGGAAGCCCAGAGUGAGCUGAACCUUGCCCCGGGCGGCCUGUCACAGAGGGGGACAGGAGAAGGUGCUCCUCAACCAGACACCAUGGCAGGCAGGCUGCACCUCGUCCUGCUCGGCGCCUGGGUGGCUGGCCUGCUGCAGCCCGGGAGAAGUGUAUUCAUUAACCGGGAACGUGCCAACAAUGUCUUGGAGAGAGUCAGGAGGGCAAAUUCAUUUUUUGAAGAGAUGAAGAAAGGAAAUCUUGAAAGAGAGUGUUUGGAAGAGACGUGCUCAUUCGAAGAGGCCCGAGAAGUCUUUGAAGACAACGAACAAACGAAUGAAUUCUGGAAUAAAUACAAAGACGGUGAUCAGUGUGAAAGCAAUCCUUGUCAUAAUCAGGGCAAGUGUAAAGAUGGGCUUGGGGAGUACACCUGCACCUGCUUGGAGGAAUUUGAAGGCAAAAACUGUGAAUUAUCCACACGGAAACUCUGCAGCGUGGACAACGGGGACUGCGACCAGUUCUGCAGAGAAGAGCAGAACUCCGUGGUGUGUUCCUGUGCCAGUGGGUAUACCCUGAGUGACAAUGGCAAGUCCUGCGUCUCCACAGACUCUUACCCCUGUGGAAAACUUACUCUGGGACGAAGUAGGAGGUCACUGACACAGGCUGAUAAAAUCAGUGGAAACCUUCCAGAAGUCAUCAAGCUGGAGGCCUAUGACUCCUUUGACUUGGCUCCUACAGAGUCUGAUAACAGCAGUGGAAACCUUCCAGAAGUCAUCAAGCUGGAGGCCUAUGACUCCUUUGACCUGGCUCCUACAGAGGAUCCUUUCAUCCUGCUUAACUUCAAUCAGACCUAUCCAGAGGAGGAUGACAGCAGCGUCAUCCGGAUAGUGGGUGGAAGGGAUUGCAAAGAUGGGGAGUGUCCUUGGCAGGCUCUACUCAUAAAUGAGGAAAAUGAGGGGUUUUGUGGAGGCACUAUUCUGAGUGAGUACUACGUCCUCACCGCAGCUCACUGUCUCCACCAAGCCAAAAAAUUCAAGGUGAGGGUAGGUGAUCGGAACACUGAAAAGGAAGAGGGCAAUGAAAUGGCACAUGAAGUGGAUAUUAUAAUAAAGCACAACAAAUUUGUUAGAGAAACCUAUGACUUUGACAUCGCUGUCAUAAAACUGAAGACACCUAUCAUCUACCGGAUGAACGUGGCUCCUGCCUGCUUACCGGAGAAGGACUGGGCCGAGUCAACGCUGAUGACUCAGAAAACAGGCAUCGUCAGCGGGUUUGGGCGCACCCAUGAGAAGGGCCGCCCAUCCACCACCCUCAAGAUGCUGGAAGUGCCCUACGUGGACCGGAACACAUGCAAGCUGUCCAGCAGUUUUACAAUCACCCAGAACAUGUUCUGUGCAGGCUAUGACUCGAAUCCUGAAGAUGCCUGUCAAGGAGAUAGUGGGGGUCCCCACGUCACUAGAUUCAAGGACACCUAUUUUGUCACUGGGAUUGUCAGCUGGGGAGAAGGAUGUGCAAGGAAAGGAAAAUAUGGCAUCUAUACCAAAGUCACCUCCUUCCUCAAGUGGAUCGACAGGUCCAUGAAAGCCAGGGGAUCCCAGCCGCCACCGCAGCGCCACCCAGCUGAAUGAAUCAUAGCGGUCUUGGACAUGGACUCUGCUUGUUUAUUCCAGUCACUGCACGGCAUUCCCAUUAAAGUGAUUCCACUCAAAAGA